UCCACCGUCCACACUGCAGAUAUACCUGACAGAUGUGUACUGCCAAGAGAGAGAGAGAGAGCCAGGGCUUACAUAUCGUGACGCCAGUCUGUGUGUUUCUUUGAGUGUACGUCAUGCAUGCUGAGUGGUGAGGGGAAUUGCGCACUUGGUUAUUACACCUCCAUCUGCUAGAAGUGUGCCCUCCCCAUUAUCACAGGAAUAUCGUGGGAUCAUUGUGGCUUACGGCUGGUGUUUGCAUUCAUCUGGACACUACACGGAAAAUUUGAGCCGAGAAUAUCUGAUGCUUGUAUCAAAGUUGCCAGCUGCUGUCAGAUGACGUUGGCUUUUAGUCUUAGGACAACUUGGAUGUAAAGAAUUGACCGUCCCAGCUGGUCUCUAUGGGGACAGGAUCUAUUUUUUAAGGUUAUUCCUCAGUACGUAUUUAACUAUGUUGUGAAGCUGUAUCACACCCCAGCCUCCGAAGAUGGAUCAGGUCGGUUACAUCAUGCGCAAGCUGAUGGAAGGAGAGGCAGGAGACCCUGCUGUCCAGGAUGCAGAAUCCAAGGGGGUCGUCUCAGUCACGGGAGUGCCGGCGGGGGUGACUGAGGGGACCAAAGGCGGCACUGUACUCAACAAAUUUGGGGAUAAGAUUAUGGAAGAACUGCAGAAGUUACCCUUGCCUAUGUGGGCGAUCAUUCUGAUUGCCAUCGUGGCGGGGCUGCUGCUGCUAUGCUGCUGCGGCUGCAUCUGCGUCAAGUGCUGCUGCAAGAAGAAGAAGAAGAAGGAAGGCAAGAAGGGCUUGAAGGGUGCUGUCGACUUGAAGAGUGUGCAGAUGUUGGGAGCAGCCUACAAAGAGAAGGUCCAGCCGGAUGUCGAAGAUUUGGAUAACGGUGCUGAGGAAGAUGGCGACACUGAUUCAGUCAAGUCAGAGGUCAAACUGGGGAAGCUACAGUUCUCCCUGGACUACGACUUCCAAGAAGGAAAGCUCAAUGUAACUGUUGCCCAAGCUGCCGAUCUGCCUGGUAUGGACUUCUCAGGUACGUCCGACCCCUACGUCAAAGUGUAUCUUCUACCGGACAAGAAGAAGAAGUAUGAGACUAAGGUCCAUCGGAAGACGCUCAACCCCGUGUUCAACGAGACCUUCACAUUCAAGGUCCCAUACAGCGAGAUCGCCAGCAAAACGCUGGUAUUCGCUAUCUUUGACUUUGACCGCUUCUCCCGACACGACCAGAUUGGUGAGGUCAAGGUCAAGCUCAGCCAGGUUGACCUGGGAAGCGUGGUGGAGGAGUGGAGGGACCUGCAGAGCGCUGAAGUGCCUGGGGGAGAGGGUAAGUCGGAGCUUGGUGACAUUUGCUUCUCGCUACGCUACGUGCCGACUGCAGGCAAGCUGACCGUGGUGAUCCUGGAGGCCAAGAAUCUCAAGAAGAUGGACGUGGGCGGUCUCUCAGAUCCCUACGUCAAGAUCUCGCUGUACAUGAACAACAAGAGAAUGAAGAAAAAGAAGACGACAAUCAAGAAGAGGACACUCAACCCAUACUACAAUGAGUCCUUUGGGUUUGAGGUUCCAUUUGAGCAGAUCCAGAAAGUUACACUGGUCGUCACUGUGGUGGACUACGAUCGCAUGGGAAGCAGCGAGCCAAUUGGUAAAGUGGUCCUUGGGUGUAAUGCUACAGGUGCUGGGCUGCGCCACUGGAGUGACAUGCUAGCGUCCCCACGACGACCCAUCGCGCAGUGGCACACACUGCAGGACAUGGAUGAAGGAAAGUAAAACAAAAACCACGAGCCCAACUGUAAUCAAACACUAAAGUAUUACAAGGAAGCCAUUACAGAUAGCUAGCACUGAAACAUUAGCUUGCUACAUCUAGCUGCAUGAUUGUCGAGUGUUUCAUCCGGUUUCAGUGCUAGGUAGGAUCUGUGGAAUUGUCUUGGUUGUUUGAAUAUCCAAAAAAAUUGUUCAUUGAUUCAGUCACCGGAAACAGAGUUGAUAAAAAAACUCACUUCAGGAAAAGAAUUGAAUGUCUGAAACUCAACCUGUUCUACUGAGGGGUACUGGAGAAUUGUGGGUACCACGUCAAACUGCACAGUGUCCGAUGUAUCAUCGACAUGUUGGGCUUGGUCAGCUACCCUUUUGCAGUGAGAGUUGUGGCAUUGCGCUACAUCUUUGUCUUGCAUGCAUUCCAUUGUACCAUUGUUGUGACCAGUGUCACAACCCACGGUAGUGCAGUGCUCGCUCGGAGAAGGGGCCACAGAUUACAGAAUCCAUCUUGCUUCGUUCCCAAAACCAAUCUCUGAUUGUGGGCCUGGAACAUUGGAUUACUGUGAUUUUUGGCUUUCUUGCAUCU